AAAUAGGGGGAAGGAUCGGCCCAGGUAGCAUGUAAAGGAUCUUCGCGCAUAUAUUAACCUUUCAAUGGGUAAGCGAGAGGGGGAAAAAAAGGGGCCUCACGGUUUCUCAAGGUCCGUCCUUUCGUUGUGGAGGCUUUAAACUGGGAGGGGGUUAGGGAUGCGUUGUGAAUAUAGUAUGCAAAUGGGUGUUGGUAAAGGGGUGAAGGGUGAGGGCAGGGCCGCGGGUCGAGGACUGGGACAUACGGUUUAGUUCAGUUCUCAGUCUCCUUCUGCUGCCGUAGUAUCUCUGGUGUUGAUGCUGAAGGGAAGACUUGUCUGUGGGGUGUAGGAAUUUCGCCCUGCUAUCGUGAAGUGUUAUGAGGAUCUGACACUGGCUUGGUUGACUACUGCAGGAUAAUUGAGGUUCUUUCAAAAACAAUACUGCAGAAGGGAAUGACACUGUGACAACACAAAAUGUCACCCCUCACAGAUGUCACCAACACUCCUGGGCAUGAGCCUCUGCUUUAUACCCAUCACAUGCUCUCCCAAAAGAGAGAAAGAAAGAGGCUAUCCAGAUCUUGCCCAAGAAUCCCAUGUCAUCAGAGUCAAGAUGAAAUGAAUAAGGCACAAUCUCACAAAAGCUUCAAGCGAAAAACUGAAUCAGUGGCAAUAAAAAUGUGCAAUAUUCAGGAUUCAGAUCAGAGACAUAACAAUACUUAUAGUCAGAAAUUUACUGCAAACUAUAUGUGUUCAAAUUCAAGGAACCAAAGUGAUGAACAGUUGGCUUCACAGACAACAGAUAUAUUAUUGUCACAAGCAGUGGAGACCCUUAGCCUUAGUGAAAACAGUGUUCAGUCAGAUUUGCAGAAAUCCAGUCAAAGAAGCCAGCACAGAAAAAAGUUGGAGAAAAUACCAGAGAAGAAACCUAAAGUAAAAAGUAAAGUGGUAGCAAGUUGCAGUGGUCUUCCAGAAACUCCAGGCACUUGUGAGGGUGGCAUUUCCUCACAGCGAUGUGGUGCUUGUGGCCAGGAGUUUACUGCCUUGCCUUUGCUUACUCUGCACUUAGCACGGCAUGUGUAUGAUGGCUUAUAUGCUGCUCAGUGGUUGAAUCAGGCAAUGUCUUUAGUUGUGUCAAGGCAACCCUUCACUGCAACAAAUUCACAUGAUAAGAACAGUAUUAAUGGUGUACAAAAUUCUUCAGUGGACUGAUCCAAAGUAUUUUUGUCAGUGCAAUUUAGAUUGGAAUAAUUUCCUUAUUUGUGCUGUAAAUAUUUAUGAUAAGGUGUAAAUAUAAUUGCAGGUUUUCUAGUGUUAUCAUUCUUUACAAAAAAUGCACAGAAAACUGUAUUUUCGUUUUUGCAUCAGGUUCUGCUCAGGUGAAAAUUAAGGAAAAGUACUUGAUUUUUUUUUGAGAAAUUGAGGGUCAUAACUUUCAUUACCAUUGUCCCCUAAGAUCUGAAAGUCAUGUUUUUGUAUGUGUUUGUUAUUUUCAUUUAUUUAGUUAUUUAUGUUUUUUUUUUAUUAAUAUGAAUUUUUAUUACAUUUCUAGUAUUAGUGCAAUAUCUCUUCAUUGGAGAGAAAUUAUUGAGACUGAUAGAUUUGUUUGUUGAAGAACUCUUUACCUCUCUUGUAUUUUGUCUAUUGAUAUUUUAAGGCAUUCAUUGUGUAAUUAGUAGUCUUCACUAACCCUCUAUUGUGAUUAUUUGUGGAUUGGUAUACACUCAACCCUCUGCUAUCGUGCCCAAUUGGUGCAUCUAUCACUGCGUGAUACCCGAAAUUGCAAUAGCUGAAGUGAAGAAUCUAUGGUAAUAAUUCAAAAUGAUAUUAGAACACCCAAGCUGUCAGUUUUUUGUCUUUUUUGCCCAGUUUUUAUGCCAUAUAAUAGUAUAAAAAUGAAGAAAUAAUAUAGUAUAAGAAACUUAUAAAGAAUCAUAGUAACAACAUACAUUUUAAAGCAUUUUAUUUAGUAUAUUUGACGGCAUAUAGAAUGCAUGGGUAUAUAAAAUGCACAUUCAUUUUAGCCAGUCAAAUUCAGGAAAAAAAGCUUUUACUGUAUUUAAGCACAUACUGUUGAAAGAAAUCUAGUAACACAUUACACAAGCAGAAAACAUCUUUCCUUGUGCUCCUCAGUUGGUUUUCUUGCUGUCGUCAGACACUUAUUAUUUUUUUCGUAGCUGGUGGCCCAAAAGCCAUUGCUGUUACUCUAUUGUCAUGCUCCUUGGUAUAAUCUAUCACUUGUAGUUUGUAGGAGAUUGUGUAGCUCAAUCUUUUUCCUCUUGUUCCAGUAAGGGUGUUGAUGUGUUUUGUUAUGAUCAUUAAACUUACUGUUACUCCUCACUGCCAGAUGGCAUGAAGUCAGGGUGCUGAUCAGACCAUGUUUAUAUACAUGCUUCACAACCUCACAAGAUAGAUUGUUUUCAUUUUUAUGAUAAUUUGUUUUUAAAGUGAUAAUACUGGUAAUGAUAAUAAUACCUGCAAUAAAAUAAUGAUGCAUACAGUUAGAGUUGGUAAAAGUACUGGAAAAAGGCGUGUCCUGUAUGCUGUUAAAUUGGGCACCUCAUUGUGGACAGUUAGGAGCUAAAGUGGAUGGGUAGAUUGGGGGAAAUAUGUGAAGAAUUAUUUCUCAAUAAAAGUAUAUAGAGAAACUCAACUAUCACGUAGCAUCAUAAUCCAGAAGUUUUUGAAUAACGGGUGUAUGAUAACAGCAAUUUCAUGCACAUUAUAGACAUAAGUGUAGCUUUUUAAGUAUGCGCAUUAGCAAUAAAACACGAUAGCAGAAGGCGUGAUAGCAGAGGGUUAGGUGUAAUUCUGUCACAUCUGUAAAAGUCACUGCUUGAAUUUUGGGUUUUAGUAAUAUACCAUUUGCACAUUUUGCAUAUUUAUUUGUUAAAGCUAAGUGCAAUUUUUUAUUUAAUUUUUUUUCCAAGGUGUGUCAAAAGAAGCAUAGGAAUAUUCAUAGUAUUCCUUAUUAUUUUAUGGGUAUAGUUGGAUCUCAAGUUUGUACUUUAUCUCAUGAAAAGUUUUGUUUUGUAAAUAUGUUUUUAAUGCUGAUUCCAUCAUCCACUUCUAAUGUAAAAGUUCAUGAGCACCCUUCUUCCUCAAACUUUGCAUGAGUGCACUUAUCAUGUUUUGUGUCCUAUCCAUUUCCGUGAAACGAAUUAUUGGAUAGCUCAGGAAGUCUUGAAUGAUAUUUAAUGUUUAAGUUUUAUGUCAGAUUGAAAAAGGAACAUGAAAUUCAUAUUAUUUUG